AUGGCGGGCGGACUGCCGGCGCUGAUGGCGCGGGCCGUGCCUUCGCCCGCCGCGAUCCCGGCCGCCGCCAUGCCCGCCGCCGAGGUGGCGGCCGCCGAGGUCGUGCGCCGCGUGCACCCCACCGACGCCUCCGAGCGCCGCCGCGCCCAGGUCGUCGAAUACGCGCGCAGGAUCGUCGGCACCGCGCUAGGAUGCGAGGUCUUUCUAUUUGGUUCGGUUCCGUUGAAGACUUACCUUCCCGAUGGGGACAUUGAUCUAACUGUAAUUGGAAAUACAUCUCGCAAUAGUACUUUUAUUGAUGAUAUUUACUACAUCCUUGGGUCGGGGGAGCAGAACACUGACGCUGAAUUUGAAGUCAAGGACUUGGAACACAUCGAUGCAGAGGUCAGACUCAUUAAAUGCACUAUCGGAAAUAUUAUCGUCGACAUCUCAUUCAACCAAACUGGUGGAAUCUGUGCGCUCUGCUUCCUUGAGCUGGUUGACCGUAAAGUUGGGAAGAAUCAUCUAUUUAAAAGGAGCAUUAUAUUAAUCAAGGCAUGGUGUUAUUAUGAGAGUCGCCUACUAGGAGCUCAUCAUGGGCUUAUAUCCACUUAUGCAUUGGAAAUACUUAUCCUAUACAUCUUCAAUCUAUUCCACAAAUCUCUCCAUGGUCCCCUGGAGGUUUUGUAUAGGUUUCUGGAAUAUUUUAGCAAGUUUGACUGGGACAACUAUUGCAUAAGUUUAAAUGGACCUGUCGCUGUGUCGUCUUUGCCUAACCUAAUUGUUGAAGGUACAAAUGUACCUGGUGAUGACUUGCUAUUUGACAAAGAGUUCCUUGAGGAAUCAGUGGAAAAAGCAUUUGUACAGCCAAGAAACUUUGAUGCACGCUGUACCAAAUUCCGUGUGAAACAUCUAAACAUAAUUGAUCCACUGAAGGAGUGCAACAAUCUUGGCAGAAGUGUGAACAGAGCUAAUUUCAAUCGUAUUCGAACCGCAUUCUCGUUUGGCGCUCGGAAGCUUGGUCAAAUUCUUAUGUUACAGCCAGAACAUAUUCCUGGUGAUAUUUUUGUAUUUUUUAAAAACACUUUGGAGAGGAAUGAAAGCGGGGUAAGGGCAGAUAGUGCCCAUGUUGGUGCAUCUCAUUCUCAGCCCUUCCUUGAUUCCAGCAAGCAACUUGUGGGUGAUCUGUCAUGCAUGCAUAUUUCUUCCAAGAAGGACCAGAACUUAAGUCCUCUUUGUGUUGCGAAGAGCUUGGCUAAGAACAGAUCAAGUGUCAAAGUAAACGUGCCUACACAGGGUGGAUGUUUUCCGGGAGAUGAAUCGUUGGCACCAAGGAUUGAUUUAAGUGCAAGGUCAUCCCACUGUGUCCAUGAUAAACCAAAGAAACCCUCAUAUGUUUUUCACGAAUAUAGAAAUGGUGCCAGUGAACAGUACUAUGCGGGCCAUGAAAUGGAAGGACAGGUAUCUCGCCUUACAGCUGAAACCUCUAUGGAUGAUAAAUCACUGAUUCAGCCACAUAUUCGUGCAAACUAUUCACCACGUAUAUUGAACUCUGCGGAUAGCAGUUAUUUGAGACUUCCAAAUCCUGGUCCAGUGAACAAGAAAAAAUUGAAUGGAAUUUCUCUCCAUGUGGAAAAACACCAUCUUCCUCCACUCUCACUGUUGAACUUGCCUGAUCUAUCAGGUGAUUUGGAAUCGCAGUUGAGAUGCCUCCGUCAAGUUCAGUACAACUUAGAAUACUUGUUUGAUGAACUUUUGCAGUCUGUGAAAGAAGCAUCUUCUGACGGUAAUGUUGACCAGGAUUUGUUUGACAUUCUGAAUCGUAGCAUCCUGUUAAGUACUGAUAUGACGCUGCCAGGGCUGAUGUUACCCUCAUAUACUGAAACUGAUGGAAGGAAAUUAUCUCCAGUUUCUUCUCAUAGCACUGAAGUUUCACAGCAAUCACAGGAUGAGGACCACUGGGGUGCGGUCUUUGAUCUCAAUGCCUGUGGAAUAGAUGUUCCAUCAAAUGGAUUGUCUCCGUCUUAUUUUGCUGAUUCAGAUAUUUCUGUUUCUUGGUGCCCUACUUUGGAGGCUGUACCAACUAUGCAUGGAACUGGCCUAUAUACUCGUGAGAAGCAUAUAGCAUCUAUAAGAGAGAAUGGAAAGACACUGAUCAAUCAAUCAGUAAAGACUAAAAACAGCCAUGCCGCGGUUCCGAAACGAAGUUUUGUUCCUUACAAGGAACAACUAGCGCCAGAUAGUGUGACCAAUGGAGUUAGGAUAAGUCAGCCAUUGAGAAUUGAUAAUGGUCUAAAUGGAUAUAACUGCUCAGGCAGGGAGAUGAUUGAAAAGCACAAUGGUCAGACUCAAAACGGAUGUGUCAAACCUCACUAUGAAGCAAGGCAUGUACAAAGGUACUAUGGGGAUGUCUGCUCGAACAAAAGCUUCUUGCAGAAGCAAAACUACAAUACUGGUAGGGAGUGUGUACGACCAGCUAGUGCAGAACAUCAGCAACCUGAAGUUCAGGGUACUCCAGAUGUGGGCGCAUACUUAAACAAUACCUUGGCCGGAAAGCAAAUCUACGACACUCAUAAAGGGCAUAACAUACUCAACCAGUCAAUGCAUCGAAGGCUAACUUCUGAGCCAUUAAGACCUCAAAGUAACGUACAGAGCAGGGGUUUCUCGAAGAAGAACCCGGCUACAAAAAUAAAUUGUGAUAAUCGCAGUGAGCACCUAUCUUCUGUAAGAGGAACAAGGCAUGUACCGAAUGGCCAAGUUGUGAACAUUCCAAAUGGUUCAGUAAAGGAGGUUAAACUGAACGAAGGAGUGAUUGCAAAUGGAAGUAAACCAAGGCCAUUAUUGACAAAUAUUGUUAUUCCUCAUGAUAGCAGGAAUAGCCAACGGAUGCUUCUGGCAUCUAGUACUUCUCGCCCCUUUUUCCCUGCCAGAAAAGGAUAUUCUCAACCUGGAGCCUUGAAUACAGAACCAGAUAGGAUUAUUGAGUUUGGUUCUUUCGGGCCUUUUUCACUGACAUCUCCCUCACCAAAGGCAGACAAGGCUCCCAGCACACCCUCCAGUAGUAAGGCAUCUGCAGAUUCUGCAUCGGUGUUAUCAAGCAAUGGCUCUGCAUCGGUGUUACCAAGCAAUGGCUCUGCAUCGGUGUUACCAAGCAAUGGCUCUGCAUCGGUGUUACCAAGCAAUGGAGCCGGUUCGACCCAAAGCAGGUCGUCAGGAUUUUACAGAAUAGAAGAUGAAGAUCAGUUCCCACCUCUCCAUGCCAGGACCCGGAAAGACUUACAGUAGCAUACAGAUGGUUCAUCUGAUCAUCAUAUAAGUAGCAGCAAAAGAAGAGUUAACCAGUUGAUCUUGUGCACAAGUAUGACCAUCGUCAUAGCAUACAUCAACCUUGUAAAGUUUCGUUGACGCAUUGCGUUUCUAACUGUUUAUAGUUACAGAAAAAAGAAGAUUUUAGGAUCAAGGACUAAUUAUACAGUUGUAGUUUCUGUUCUCUCAGACUUACAAAUGAUUGAAAUCAAGGGAAGAUAUACCUAUCAAAGCCUUCCAGUUCCA